AAUAAGAACAGAACAUAAAACCCUUUUCGCUUCAUUAAUUUUCUGAAAUUUUAUGUUUCAGAAAUGGCUUCAAAUCAAGAAGCAACAAUCCCUUUGAAAUUUUGGGUGGACGAAGAACAAAACAGUGUAAUUGUGGCAGAAGCGAGUGGAGACUUCGUUGAUGUUCUCUUCAGUUUCCUCACCCUUCCACUGGGAACCAUCAUCAGGCUUGUGUCAAAAAACCAACCUCACCAACCGUUAGAGAUCGGUUGCAUCGGCAACCUUUACCAGAGUGUGGAAAAGUUCAACACUAACGUCUUCUGGAACCGUAUCUGCCGGCAAAUGCUGCUCUCUCCGCGCAACCCUUCGGAAACCUCUUGCCAGAGACUGAAACUGAAGGUGGAUGAUACAGUGCCCACAAAGUAUUUCGUGUGUGGGUACUGUUUAAAGGGCAGUGAUUUGUUGCUGAGUACUUUUGGUGGGGCAAGUUGCUACUGUGGGAAGUUGAUGACCAAAGAGAUGAAAGUGCUGGAAGAGUCAAAGGAAGAGGGUUCUUGGGGAAAUGGUGUUUUUGUUAAAGGGGAUGCCAUGUUCUUGAUCUUUGAUGAUUUGAGAGUGCUGAACAGCUCUCCAGGUAACACUGUUCAGCAACUCCUCCAACUUGGAUACAAAGACUUCAACAAGAUGAAAGAAAUUUCUGUAAAUGUUGGCAUGAAGGAGAUAUUUAGCAUACUAAAGCAAGCAUUAACCUCCAAAUCUCCUCUAAGUGAUGUAUUUUUGGCAAACAGAGAAUCUAAGCCAACACUCCCUUCCUUCUCACUAGAUUCUGGCCUAAGCCACCAUAAAUGUUCUUUAGAAGUCAAGAUAACAGUGAGCAAAUCACAGAACAAGAUUCUGUUUGCUGAAGCAGAGGGAAACUUUGUGGAUUUUCUAUUCAGCUUCCUUACCAUACCUCUUGGAUCUAUUAUAAACCUCAUGAAUGGCAAAUCAUCCUUUGGAAGCAUUGAUAACUUGUAUAAAAGUGUGAAGGAUCUUAAUUCAUCAUGGUUCAUAGGAUCAGCAAACAAUUCCUUACUGAAUCCAUGUGUCCCUCAUCAAUUUGGUUGUACAUGCCAGCCAAUACAUGUUCCAGAAGAAGACAGUCCCAGUUAUUGGUAUGGCACUAAGGUAGUGAAUGCCAAUAUCAAACGUGAAGCGAUUUCAAAGAAUCAAGACGUGUUACAAGAUCCAGUGGCUAUGAAAAUUUUUGAACCAAGAUGUUCUGAUGGAGCAAGAGGACCUGCCGUGGGAUUUAUGAAGAGGCCCUGUAUAUUUGUUGUGAGGGAUGAUCUUUAAGUGUCACCAAUGACAACUACUUCUAGCAUUUCCUUCGUACAAGAGUUUCAUUUGCCAUUGGAUGAUUUUGAGGAACAUUUGGUGGAAAUUAAGAACUCACGCGAGGCGCUAAACCUGUUGAGAGCUUCUUUGACAUCUAAAGCUGCUUUAACAGAUAGCCUAUUCUACUUACUGAAGAGAAGGAAAAAGGAAAUGUGUAUUUUGAGAUGUAUUGGCUGGAAGGAAGAAGGAGAUGAAAAGAAAAAAGAUGGAAACAGAAAAGAAAAUUAUUGAAUUGUUAUUUUUUUGUUUUAAUUUGAACAGGGGCUUGUCAUGGUUGGACACGGUUUCGACACUUGCAAGAAAGGAUUAAAAAAUUAUUUUUGUUUCGGCUUCUGUAAACA